UUUCACUUUUGGGCAAGCUAUAAAAACCAGCGGACAGAUUGCAGCCAUUCGCAUUGCUGCACAGAGAUCCGGCCAGGUAGCCACGGACAUAGACAAAAUGUGGAGAUUCCUUCUGAUUUGUAGUAUUCAGCUGAUUUGCGCCUCGGAGCACAGUGGCGAAGGAUAUGGCGAUGGUUACGGAUACGGGGGAAGCGGAGGCGGCGGCAGCGGAUCAGGAGGCAGCGGCGGAGGAGGCGAUGGCCACUUCCACCACCACACACCCACCACGUACUCGGAGAUCUCGAAGCACGUGCCGGUGCAUGUGAUCGAAAAGGUCCCACUACCCAUUCCCCAUCCGGUCGCCGUUCAGGUGCCCAACGUAAUUCGGCUGCAGAUUCCGGAACCCUACGCCGUCCACGUGCCCGUCCAGCAGGAGAUCCAUGUGCCGGUGUACAAAAUAGUACCCGAAAUAACCGAAAAGAAGAUACCCUACACCGUGGAGAAGCCAUACCCCGUCGAGGUGGAGAAACCCUAUCCCGUCGAGGUGAUCAAGCAGAUCAAGAUUCCGGUGCCUAAGCCCUAUCCUGUUCCUUUUACCAUCUACAAACACGUCCUGCAAAAGGAGCACGGCUGGUGAUGAAGACAGUCGUGGUUGGUUAGGUGUGUAAGUUUUGGAAUGCCAGCUCUAAAUCGAAGAGUAUUAUUUUACAAAGCUAAUGAGUAAAAAUAGUGUUUAAGAUAAAGUACUGCGUUUUCAGAAUAUACUGAAAA